AUGGGUUGGUUUUGGAGUGAUACCCCCUCAAAAGGUACAGAGAAUCAAAUAGUUAAACCAAAUAAUAUGUAUGACGGUGAUAUUUCUUUAUGUCCCGUAAUGAAUCCUAAUGGUGGAGAAGGAUCAAAAAAUGAUUUGAAUGUAAUGAAUCCACUAAAUUUUAUUCCUAAGGAUGUUUCUGCUACAGAAAAACAUCCUGAUCAAGAAAUGCAUUUAACAACAGAACGUACAAUUUCAACAAUACCAAAAGGUAACGAAAAUAGUAAAUGGGAAUAUCCUUCCGCUCAACAAAUGUAUAAUGCAAUGGUUAGAAAAGGUAAGAUUGAUUCUACUGAUAAAGAUGAAGUUGAUGAAAAUGCUAUUGAAUCAAUGGUUGAAGUUCAUAAUUUUUUAAAUGAAAGUUGUUGGUAUGAAGUAUUAGACUGGGAAAAACAAUAUACUAAUGAAACUAAUGUUCAACCAAAAUUAUUAAGAUUUAUGGGGAAACCAGGUGUUUUAUCUCCAAGAGCUAGAUUACAUUAUUAUAUGAGUUAUAUAUUUCCAUCUCAUUUCGCUAGAGAAUUACCAUUUGAUAGACAUGAUUGGGUGAUCCUAAGGGGUGAUCCAAAUUCAAAUGAUUCAGAAUAUCCAGGUUAUAGAAGAGUUAGAUAUGUAUUAGAUUUUUAUGGUGGUCCAGAUGAUCCAAAUGGAUUCCCAACAUUUAGUGUUGAUGUAAGACCAGCUUUGGAUAAUAUUGGAAAUGCAAAGGAUAGAUUUGAGCAUUUAACUAAUAAUAUCACAAAAAAAUAUUUUACUGAAAAAUCAACGUCAUCAGAUGUUGAAAAGAAAUGA